UAAACAGCGGGUGGGGACAGCCACUUUGUCUUGGGCGGUGACGUCACGGAGUUCCUUUUUUUUUUCUCCAGAAGAUCAAUUUAAACAAGGAGGAACAUUUUCAGAUUUACUACAAAACGACUUGCACGCUGACAGAGAAGGAGGGAGGGAAAGAGAACGGAAUUGCCUGGAAGUUAAAAUUAGACUAGAGCCGGGAUAACAUUUUUCCAGCUUGCUGUGGCAGAAUGACGUGGCUCCCCCUGCUGGUUGUGCUCCUGCAGCUGCUCCGAGCGUGCCAGACUGCCCCCUACUCUAACGGCUUCUUCUACCAUGACAUGAUGAACGGGAACGGCAACGGGGAGAUUUACUUUAAUGGAGUGCGACUGCACGUGAAGGCUCUGGAAGCGCCCAUCUUUGCUGCGCGGGGCACCAACGUGACGCUGCCCUGCCACUAUUACUACGAGCCGCGGCUGAGCGCUCCACGCCGCACCCGGGUCAAGUGGUCCCGUCUACCUGUGAACGGGGGAGAGGAGAUGGAUGUGCUGGUAGCUAUCGGCCUGCGCCACCGCAGCUUCGGGGAGUACAAGGGACGAGUGCACCUGCAGCAGGACUCGGAGGGGGAGGUGUCUCUUGUCAUCACGCAGCUGCGCCUCGCCGACACGGGCCGGUACCGCUGUGAGGUCAUCGACGGGCUGGAAGACGAGAGCAGCACAGUGGAGCUGGAGCUGCGCGGCGUGGUGUUCCCCUACCAGCCCAAAGGGAGGCGCUACCAGCUGAACUUCGAGGCGGCACAGCGGGUGUGCGAGGAGCAGGAUGCCACCCUGGCCACCUUCGAGCAGCUGUACUCGGCCUGGGAGGAGGGGCUGGACUGGUGCAACGCGGGCUGGCUGGCCGACGGGACGGUGCAGUACCCCAUCACCCAGACACGGGAGCCCUGCGGGGGGCUAGGCCUGGCCCCGGGGCUCCGCAGCUAUGGCCCCCGGCACAGGCAGCUGCACCUCUACGAUGCCUUCUGCUUCUCCUCCUCUCUGCGGGGGAAGGUGUAUUUCCUGCAGCACCCUCACAAGCUGAACUUCACAGAGGCGGGGGCGGCUUGUGAGCAAGAUGGAGCGAGCAUCGCCCGGGUGGGUCAGCUGUACGCUGCCUGGAGAUUCCUGGACCUGGACCGAUGUGACGCGGGCUGGCUGGCUGACGGGAGCCUGCGCUACCCCAUUGCCUUCCCCCGGGCCAACUGCGGCCCCCCGGAGCCCGGCGUCAGGACCUUCGGCUUCCCCAGCAGGCACCAGAAACACGGCGUCUACUGCUAUGGGAUGAGAUAGAGCCGAACCGAGCAGAGCUCACCUCCCAGACUCACCCUGCUCACUUCACUGCUCCCUCUUCCAACUCUUCUCUUCUGCCUCCCUCUCUGUACUAGUAAAAGCAUAGUGAAAUGUAAUAAAGCAUAGAAAAAGUAUGAUAAGCUAUGGGAUAGCAUGGUACAUGUGUUGUAUAAGCAUGGGAGAAUGAUGGGAAAUGGCUCAGUUAUUGUACAGAAUCCCCAUGAUAAUCUGGUACAUGGGUUUCCCCCCUUACUCCCUCUCUCUCGCUCUUCUUAUGUUCUUCUCAUCUUCAUUUCUCUCCUACGUCUUCAGCUCCCUCCAUCUCCAUCACUGUCGUUUCUUCCCAUCCCACUGCUUUUCAAGCUCUCCCUUCUUCCACACUCCUUCCAUCCUGUCCCGGAGGCUUUCCCCCCUUUACCUCUUCCUCUGUAUUCCUUCAGCUCUUUAGGAGGCCUGGGAGUUUAGAUUUCAUAAAGACGAUGAUGGUUAAGAGCUGCUGUAGCCUUAGCUGUGCUGAAAGGUAAAGCAGAUUAAUGACCAUUGACUUUAGUGUAUGUUUGUGUAUUAGCCAAUGAAGCAUAAGGCAGAAGUAAUACCUCCUGUCCAGGGCAUUAUCUGUUCUUGGUGUGGGGGGAAAACAUGAGUAUUAUCAUAAAUAAUAUCAUUAAUAAGACUAGAUUUUGUAAUGUUUUACUUGUACCAAAUUCCUUGCUGGACCUCUUACAUCACAUAGUGUCUCCUGAAUAGGAUUAUGGGACACCAUACCUUCAAACAGUCUUAUUAAGUAGAUGUGCUCUAAAAACACGCUUCAGUCAGUAAAAUGAAGCAAAGUGUCUCCUGGACUAGCUUUGGAGAUACACCCCCCACUUUCCCAAUCUGAGCUGUGUUACAAAGCCAAGCACGUAGAAUUGCAUAAUGUGGCUCAUCAAGACCUUGAUCAUACUGUAGCAUAAGAUAUGAUAUGAACCUUUUCAAACUUUCUCAAAAUUCUUUGAUUUUUACACACCAUGGAGUUAAGGGAUCCUAUAUUUAAUGUGAGAUAUAUUUUUUAUAUGUGUGUUUUUUUUAUUAUAAAUUGUACUGUAUAAAAUGCAUAUUUAAUGCCAAAGUCCCAUGUGUGCCUUCAGACCAAAACUCAUUCAUGUUGCAUUCGCAGUGUCUAACAGUCUGCUCAAUGUGUUCUUUGGUAUUUACUGUGUCUCUCCCAAUAGUCUUGUGAUGUACAGAGCUGGGCUUCAGUCCUGGGAACGUCUUCUCUGCUUGUGUAAAUAUGUACAAAAUAAAGUGUGAGAUACUGUACUUGUGAGGUAUAUGCACUCAGCACAGCUGUGAUAUUAUUUCAUUGGUCUCUGUAUCUUUGCAUUUUAAUCUUAACAGAGUCUAACCUCUUUGACAAUUUAACAGCCCAGGUCCUUACUUACAGUGAAAUAAAAGUUUCAAUUCUG